UUUGAGCGGUUGUUUGGCGGUUUGGUCUGGUUGGUGCUGUUAUUCUGUGUUUGGACUUAUGAUUGAACAACGUUUUAUCUCAGUAUUGUUUAACAUUAUGAAUUAGUGUAUUGUUGCAUGUGUGUUUCACUAGUCCUAGCAUGGAUGAUGUAGCAAGGACCCUUUUACAGCGAACGUUUCGUAAAAUACCGAGUGGAAAGUUAGAAGAAACGCUAAAAAAGUGGGCCCACCUUUCAAGAACACAACAGCAAUCUGUGAACUACACCCAAUCAAAAUGGAUAUUACAUGAAAACCUUGUUUCUCUAUGUGAGGAAAAUGGAUCGACAAUGAGGCAUGUGAGCGAACUGGAGAUGAUCUAUUGUAUGGACAAUCCAAAACUAGGAACUUGGAGGGCCUGUCAUCUUACUGAUGCUGACGAUGAUGCCAUAUCUGUAGACCUGCUUAGUUUUAGGGAGCAGUUCAAAUCCCACUUGGCAGAGCUGAUCAGAAAUGUCUCAGUCAAAAUAAAGAAGCAUGACAAUGGGUCUGUUUGGAUACGCAUUGCCUGGGGAGACAACUUCAGCAAACCUAAUCACUUUAAGCCUACAUAUGUGGUGCAUGAUCUUCAGACCCCAUAUGUUUUCAUCUCCAAUUUGAGCUCAAAGCACAAGCCACUGUUGUACCAGGCCAUGGUUUUGGCCACGAAACAUGGAUCCAUUAAAGAUGCACAUCUGAGUGGACGAAGCCUUCAUGCAGUCAGGGACUUACUGAUGGGCCACUACCAGCAGUCAUUUCCAACAAAUCACCCAAGGCCUCUUCAGGAGAGGAACUCUCCUGUAGCACAUCCCAAUAUUGAAAAGGAGCAUAAAGAGCAUGCUGAGAAAAGACAGCAGGUGGCCUGUGAAGCAUUCGGUGAAGGAGACAUUCCUAAACUGGAGACUGCCACAUACACGUUGGAGACCAGGUUCAGAGGUGGUGGAGGUAUGGACACAUUUUCUGAUGGCGAGAAACCCUUCAGAACAGUUGUCCAGUUUGCCAGCACCAGCCUCCUAGAAUCUUUACGUCACUGUGUAUCGUCAGGUAUUGCUGAAGCUCCAGUCUCUCCACUAUUAUCAUCCAUCACUCAGAAAGGUCGGAAUUACUUUGUAAUCACAGACAAAGCAGACAAAGGACACAACGCCACCACCCAGAACUCUAGACCAAAAGUCUAAGAGCAGGAAGUUGGUGUGUGUGAGACGUGCUUAUUGGAGUAGAUUUGCACCACACUCCAUCAUAAGAAUUGGAUCUGUUUCCAGUGGUUUAUCUACUAGUGUUUUAACUAUAUAAUAAUUUUAUUGUCCUACAUUGGUUUGACUGAUGAGAUUUUCCAGUGGAGGAAGUCCUGAUUUUUUCUCUCUUCGUUUUACUAGGUAUUAAUUUCAGAAAUGUAUGUUUAUCCGUUUUUAUUUCUUUAUGUGUAUCUAAAAUAAAGUUUCUAAACAAAA